CAACACCAUUACAAUAUUCUAUAUUUUCUCUAUUUAGCAUGGAGUAUUGCUAUAGUGACACAACAAUUACUUCACCAUCUUCCCCUUCUCCUCCCCCUCCUCCGCCGCUGCCACAUGUGGCCAGCCCUUGUGCCGCUUGCAAGAUCUUGCGUCGGCGAUGUGUAGAAAAAUGUGUGUUGGCACCCUAUUUUCCUCCAAAUGAUCCACUCAAAUUUGCCACUGCUCAUCGUGUUUUUGGAGCUAGUAAUAUAAUCAAAUUCUUGCAGGAGCUGCCAGAGGACCAAAGAGCAGAUGCUGUGAGUAGCAUGGUUUACGAAGCGAAUGCAAGAUUAAGGGAUCCUGUGUAUGGAAGUGCAGGAACGAUUUCCCAACUCCAAAACCAAGUUAAUGAACUUCAACGACAACUAGCAAUGGCACAAGCUGAGAUUGUCAACAUGCAAUCUCAACAAGCAUAUCUUAUGGCCCUCAUUUGGAUGGAAAAAUGGCACAGUAUGAGUCCUCACCAACACCUUUCCUAUGACAAUGAUUGCCCAACUAAUAUGAGGUUCCUAGAUGAAAAUCUUGGAUCAUUAUGGGAGCAUGUUUGGAAAUGAAAAUUAUAUAUCGACUAUCACAAGUUUGGAUAUGACUUAGAAAACAAUUUACGGGAUGAAACUACAAUCGAGAAUUUCGCAAUUGUAUUCUUGACUAGUAUUGUUUUGUUUGGAACUUAAAAAUUGUUAAUGAAGUAUCAAGCUUUCUUAUAGGUUUCA